AUGCAGGAAGCUUCACGAGUCGAUCCUUCGAUUACUGCUGUUGUCAAAUUCAUUGAAGACAACUCGUGGCCUUGCGCCAAUUUACCGACAUCACUGCUUCCGUUUUACCGUUGUCGAGAUGAGCUUUCUUCCGUGGACGGACUACUACUACGAGGAGAUCGCAUUGUCGUUCCUCAGGCUGUGACUGACCGGCUCCUAGCAUCUGCUCAUGACACCCAUUGUGGUAUUGUCCGCACGAAGCAGAGGUUGCGAGAGUACUACUGGUGGCCAGGCAUGGAUUCUCACGUGGAAAAGAUGGUACGAUCAUGCUCUGUCUGCCAGGCUUGCGAUAAGUCCGCGAAGACCGCCCAGCAACCUCUUCAUCCAGUACCAUUCCCUAAAGCACCGUGGUCGAAGCUGGGAUUGGACAUCGUUGGACCAUUUGAGCAGAACCCACAGCCGUAUCGCUAUGCACUUACUCUGGUGGAUUAUCACAGCAAAUGGCCGGAAGUUUCUUUUUCAUCCACCGUUACAGCGAGGACAGUAACUACGUUCUUGCAACAUCUCUUUAGCCGUGAGGGAUAUCCGGAAGAAGUUGUCACAGACAACGGGCCACAAUUCCUCGCAGUCGAAUUUCAAGACUUUCUUCGCAGUUGUGGAAUACGUCAUACUCUGGUAUCGAUCUACUACCCGCAAGCCAACGGCCAAGUUGAGCGUUUUAACCGCGUCCUCAAGGACAUCGUGCAAAUCGCCGCUAAUGAAAACAAGCCGCUUAGGACCACCGUGCUGGAGUAUCUGACCGUGUACAGGUCGACACCCCAUGCAACUACUGGAGUUUCACCGUCGCUGCUUCUACACGGCCGCAACCUAAGAACGAAACUGCAGCCGACUGGCAUUCCUAUCAUCACGCCGAAACUCGACAUGCCCGCAAUUCGGCGUCGUGUAGCAGCCCGACAAACCAAACAGAAAACAAACGAGGACAACAAGGGACGUGCCGUCAAGAAACGAUUUCAUCCAGGGGAUUAUGUGCGCGUUCGCCUGCCUGGUAGGCAAACCAAAGGCAAUUCAAAGUAUUCAGCUCCUCUUAGGAUUGUAGCGCCCCGUGGUCCACUCUCGUACCUCCUCGAAGACGGGAGAGUGUGGCACUCAUCAAAGUUUGCACGGGCUCAGCCACGAGAACCACCUGCGGGCGACAAAGUGGACACUUCGUCACGGCAUGGCUGGUGUACUGUUUCAAUUCCCAAAACGGAAUCUGCGCCGGUAGAGCAACCCCAGGAUGCCCUUGAAGCACCACCACCACCACCACCGCCAUUACGACGUAGCGCGAGAAGUCGUGCACCACCUGUGAGAUACCCGAACAGCAUUCCAGGAACAUAA